ACGGGUAGGACAUAGCAGUUCCGUCGACUUCUAAGCGGCCGCCGGAUCUUAACGUGUGACUUCAGGCGCCAAAACUAAAUAAGCUGAAAUCAACCAUGGAGGUGAAACUAGACGGACCGCUCCGUAAAGAGCUCGCAGACUCGGUGUCGUCCUGCCGGGUGCUGGUUGUUGGAGCCGGUGGUAUCGGCUGCGAGCUGCUGAAAAACCUCGUCCUCACCGGCUUUAACAACAUCGAAGUCAUCGACCUGGACACGAUUGACGUGAGCAAUCUGAACCGACAGUUCCUCUUCCAGAAGAAGCACGUAGGGAAAUCCAAAGCGCAGGUUGCUAAAGAAAGCGUGCUGCGUUUCUGUCCUUCUGCUAACAUCACAGCGUACCAUGACAGCAUUAUGAAUCCAGACUACAAUGUAGAAUUCUUCAGGAACUUUCAGCUGACCAUGAAUGCUCUGGAUAACCGAGCGGCCCGGAAUCACGUGAACAGGAUGUGUCUGGCUGCAGAUGUUCCUCUGAUCGAGAGCGGAACCGCGGGAUACCUCGGUCAGGUCACCGUCAUCAAGAAGGGGGUGACAGAGUGCUACGAGUGUCAACCCAAACCCACACAGAAGACCUUCCCCGGCUGCACCAUCCGGAACACUCCGUCCGAACCCAUCCACUGCAUCGUCUGGGCUAAAUACCUCUUUAAUCAGCUGUUUGGAGAAGAAGAUGCAGAUCAGGAAGUGUCUCCUGACACGGCUGACCCAGAGGCUGCGUGGAAUCCGGAAGAAACGGCAGCACGAGCUCAAGCUUCAGAUCAAGAUGGAGAUAUCAAGCGCAUUUCCACUAAAGACUGGGCUCGCUCUACAGGCUACGACCCCGUCAAGCUCUUCAACAAGCUUUUCAAAGAUGACAUCAUGUAUCUGUUGACGAUGGAUAAACUGUGGAAGAAGAGGAAAGCACCCGUGCCUCUGGACUGGUCUGAGGUUCAGCAGCUCGUGAACAAACAAGACGAGGGGUGUGGCACAGGGCUGAAGGACCAGCAGGUGCUGAGUGUGUCUGGUUACUGUCAGCUCUUCCAGCACAGUGUCAACACACUCAGUUCACAACUGGCAGAGAAAGGCGAUGGAGCUGAGCUGGUUUGGGACAAGGACGAUCCUCCAGCCAUGGACUUUGUGACGGCGGCGGCUAACCUGCGUAUGCACAUCUUCAGCAUGAACAUGAAGAGUCGUUUCGACGUCAAAUCUAUGGCCGGAAACAUCAUCCCAGCCAUCGCUACCACUAACGCGGUCAUUGCAGGCCUCAUCGUGCUGGAGGCGCUCAAGAUCCUUAACUCGGACUUCCAGCAAUGUCGUACGAUUUUCCUGAACAAACAGCCAAACCCCAGGAAAAAGCUGCUGGUUCCAUGUGCGUUAGAUCGUCCCAAUCCGAACUGCUAUGUGUGCGCCAUCAAACCCGAAGCCACCAUUAAACUCAACGUGCACAAAGUCACUGUACAGACUCUACAGGAUAAGAUCCUGAAGGAGAAGUUCGGCAUGGUGGCACCGGACGUGCAGAUAGAGGAUGGCAAGGGGACGAUCCUCAUCUCCUCAGAGGAAGGAGAGACCGAAGCAAACAACGGCAAACUUUUAUCAGACUUCGGCAUCCGAAAUGGCAGCCGGCUUCAAGCCGACGAUUUCCACCAGGAUUACACACUUCUGGUCAACGUUGUGCACUGCGAGGAAAUGCCGAAGGAUGUAGAGUUUGAAGUUGUGGGCGAUGCCCCUGAGAAAGCUCCGCCCACAAGUGCUCCAGAACAAGACAAGAGCAUCACCAAUGGCAACAAAGACACUGCCCAGCCCUCUACCUCAACAAAAGCUGCGGCCGAAGAGGAGGACGUUCUGAUCGUAGACUCCGAUGAAGAACCUUCCUCCAGCACCAUGGACGUUUCCACGGAGACCAGCAACCUGAAGAGGAAGCUCCCAGACGCCGAAGCGAACGAAGCGGUGCCCAAACGCAAACGCCUCGACCAGCAGCCGGCCGAAAACGACGAGGACGACCUCAUCGCUCUAGACUAGCACGUCUUCUCGUCCUCCCUCCACACAGAGGGACUACUGUUUGUAUUUUUCAUACUGUUCUCAUUAACGAUCUUGUGUAAAUAUACAUGUACAAAAACCGCUGAGCGCUUCAUCGAUGUGUUUUUUUUUCUUUCUAUUUCUUCGAAUUUUACAGCAAAAACAAACAGACUCAAGGUUUGUUUAAAAAUGACUAUUGUUAGAUCGCUGAAAUUUUCAUCCGUAGUAAGCGUUACGGUUAUUCAGGUGUAUUUCCUGUUUGGAGGCAUAGAAGGCUGAAGAAAACACGUCACGUAUUUUGGUGUGUUUUAUCAUCGACGUUGAAGACGUUCCAUAUUUAUUAUUUUUUAUGAACUUGCAUAAACCACCAGAGGCAGGUGCCGAUCUUGCAGUAUUUUUAUUUCGUUCGACCUGUUCCGUAAGCUUUCUCUCCAACAUAAUGUUGUAUCCAUGUUUUUUAAUACAAUUUGAUGGCAGUUAUUUAUUCUCCCUA